GGGGCGGGCCCCGGCACGGAGUCCAUGUGGACACCGUUGCGGCGCCGGUGCACUGCGGGGUCGCCAUGGCGGACCUGCAGCAUCAUCGAGUUCAGGAGGCGGUGGACUCCAUGGUGAAGAGUCUGGAGAGAGAGAAUAUCCGGAAGAUGCAGGGCCUCAUGUUCCGGUGCAGUGCUAGCUGUUGCGAGGACAGCCAGGCGUCCAUGCAGCAAGUGCACCAAUGCAUUGAGCGCUGCCAUGGGCCUCUGGCUCAAGCCCAGGCCCUGGUUACCAGCGAGUUGGAGAAGUUCCAGGACCGCCUGGCACGGUGCACCAUGCAUUGCAAUGACAAAGCCAAAGAUUCAAUAGAUGCAGGGAGUAAAGAGCUUCAGGUGAAGCGGCAGCUGGAGAGCUGUGUGACCAAGUGUGUGGAUGACCAUUUGAACCUCAUUCCAACCAUGACUAAGAAGAUGAAGGAGUCUCUCUCAUCCAUUCAGAAAUAGAAGCCUUUGCCAUUGGCCAUUGAGGCUGAGGGCAGGAAUCUAUUUAAAAUGAAGAAUGAGAAUUUUGGUCUUUUAAGCAAAGUGUAUGAAUGAAGAAAUUAAGGGUGGCAGCAAGGUUAAGGCAUGUGUCACUUGCCUCUGGACACUGAUUCUUUUGUGUUUUAAUCCUAGAAAGUGAAAUGAAAAAAAACUGGUGCUAAAAUUUGGGUCACAGAGUUUUUGAGAGCCUAAUUUUUACGUGGUAAAUGCUUAUCCUGACAACAGGUAUUUCCCUCAAACCAAGCCAGAGCUCUCUGAGAUAUCAACAGGCUGACAGGUUCCUCUGACCUGCCAAUGAUCUAGUGGUAUGCGAGAAGAGGUGUUUCUAUCUGUUGCCAACCUCCUGUUUACCAGAAGCAUCACCACACCAUUUUUUGUAAGCUGUAAAACAAAAUUCAUGAGGUCACUAAUUUAGAAGGGAAAAAUGGUUUCUGGGUAUUAGUUUUGCUUGGUUUUGUUUUAUAUACAAGGGCAUGAAGUUGACAAGAUGUGGAGUUGGAAGAGGUAGUUUGGAUAAGAACUUUGAAAGCUUCCUUUGGAUAUCUAUUUCUGUCCACCAAGAUGUAGAUGCACACUUCUUAAGUUUUCACACACUACAUCUUUCAGCUUGAAGACCCUCCAAAAACAUGAGGGGCAAUGUCACUGGGUAUGGGAAGCAGACCUCUCACUGCCUGCGGUGAUGGGCCCUAAGGAGGUCUGCAGCAAAGUGACAGGACAAUCUUGCAGUGGUACUCUACCUUAAAGGGAAAAGGGGUUUUGAUUGUGCUAUACCCCAAUACCCAAGAAUGAACAAUGAAAGAGGAACUGUUGACUGCUUAAUUAAGAGAGUUAUGAAGUACUGGAUUUGGAAAAACCUGGUUUUCAGGAAUGAAACGUGACCCCAGUAUUGCUUAAUUAGCACCCUAAAAUAACAGAGCCCUACUGAGACAAUCCUUUGGCAACAAGAAGGUCAAGGUAGAAAAAGUAAGCAACUCAGGUGAGCUGUGGCUCCUUUAGAACAAAAGAGGGGCUGCCCCUCCUUCCACCCCUCCACCCCUACCACCACCAUUACCAAAUACCACUUUUGCCUUGGGGCUUUGCAAUAUGCAGUGUUCCAACCCCAGCUCUGGCACCUUACCGUUUUGAUAAGAACCUUGUUGUCUUUUUACCAAGUUAUUACUUGAAAUGGUAAUACAGACUUUUUGUUUGCUGUUUCAGGACUAUGAUACAUUUUCCUAGUGGUCUGGUUUUAAAAAAUAAAUAAGGUUUAGU